CUUUCCUACAAGUCCUUCAUCCUUCCUGCGAACACGCUGCCCACAAAAUGGCGAAUAAAAAGAUGUUCAAUAGGACGACAUCCAUCAGUCCGGGACAGUUGCAUUAUUAUCACACGGAUUUCUAUUACUCAAUGGCCGAUUUGAACAAGACCCGCAAAAUGCACGGGGUGAAGCGGGUUCUGAUCUUCUGCCUGCUGAUUGUGAUACUGCCGGCCACGCUGAUAAUUAUGCCUUUGCAUCUGCGCAAAACGGUGUUCGCCGAUGUCGUCUAUCCCAUGGCCGAGUCGGAUAUCAUCGAGAUCCGUGCGGGAAUAUCGUCGAUCUUCUGCUCGAAGCACACCCUCAAGAUGACCUCGAAUUUCAAUGCUUUUCAGCUGCGCAACAAGCCGGAGAUAUCCACAAAUCGCAAACACAUUCGGCUAAAGAAAUCAAUGACCCUGCCCGACGAUACCCUUGAGUACUGGGGCUUCUUUCUGCUCAAAGGCGCCAAUGUGAGAGUGAAAUUCUGCUCGCGCUUCGAUGGAUCACGGAUACUGAUUGUCAAGGGCCAGCGGCAGCUGAAUCUGUGCGGCUUGACGGAUCACAACCAGAAAAAAUUGGGUGCCAACUAUGCCAAGGGCCACGAACAGGUCAAGGUCUUCUUUGAGGACAAAUGGGAGAUGGAAGGCCCAUCCCCGCCAGCAACAGAGGGCGGUGUGCAGGAGCACGAGAACCACGGCGGCGAGGACUUGAGCGAAGACCCAUCACCGCAGCAGUCAUUGGAUCUGCCACCUGGCUUGACCCUCGCCGGAUCCACUGCCACCUCCACCUCUACUAAACCCAUAAGGAAGAAGCUCAAGAAGGGAACACCCCAUCUGCCACAGAUGCCCGUCACGCACCACCAUCAUGGACACAGUUCGAGUGCUAUGCCCCAUCAAGCCGAACACAGUUCGAGUGCCACACCCCUGCAUAGUGCCGAGGCAGACCACAGCUUAGGUGGCAAAGUGGUUGCCCCGACGCAAGGAGCGGCGCAACAGAAGAGGCAGCGAAAGCGAGAGCUUUACGAGCGGCUGUACAACCGCACGAAGCGAGAGAGUGUGUACGACAGGAAGUACAGUCACGGCGGAAAUGCGGUCAAUUUCACAGAGACAGACGAGUCCAACUCGGUGUCCAGUUUCGAGAAUGGUCUGUUCCUGUGCUUCAACGGUGCCAUACUCCUGAGCAAUUACUUCAGGCCGAAUGAGAGCUGCACGAGUCCGCACUUCAUGGAGAGUGCUGUGAACAACAAUCGUUCGUUCGGCUAUGCGGUGCAGGAUGUUGUCGACGAUGGAUACUACUAUUAUAUAUUCUAUAGCGACAACGACGAGGUGCGAAACGAUAUACACGUCAUAUUCGAUAUAUAUAAGCCGACGUUCCAGUACUCGAACCUGAGUGAGUCGCAGAGUUGCCUGAACACCACGGAAUGCAACUUCAACAUCAGUUUUCUGUCCGACGAGAUUGUUGUCGUGGAGGUGCCCACACGGGAUGGCAUCGAGCAUGAGGAGGAUGACAUUUCCUAUCUGGUGUCCACGUGCCAUCCACGCAGCGAGAUCUAUGCCAUAUUCCCCAUCACGGUGAUGGUUCUCAUUCUCUGCUGCUCAUUCCUGUAGGCGACCGACCGACCGACCGAUCGGCCGACACCUUGUGACUCGGGUCCCACUUGUGAUAUUUAUAUAUUGAGGUAAACUGAGUGAUAUACGAAGAUGUGAGUAUGUGAGUAAAUGUAUUUGCCGGCCCCAAACUAGAGCUUUUCACAUAGCCAUAGAAUCCAAAAUCGAUUUACGGAAUGAAACAGUCUGAACACACACAAUACAUAAAUGUAUAUGUAACUAAACAAAUCACUGAAUACGAUCUAUCGACGUUUUUUAAGACAACAUUUAGUCAAAGACACAAGCAUUUAGGAGUGUAACAAAAUAUUUACUAUAAAUGGUAUAGCAUAUAAUGAAUAAAUUGUACAUACAUACAUAUAUAAGAUUAGAAUUUUAAGCUAUCAAUAGCACACUUAAAUAAGUACUUAUCAUUAGUUCUCAUCUUCACAAUCUUUAUUUGGAUGUUUCUAUCGAAAGUUGCAUCGAAAGUUGAGGAUUUUGUACUUAAUCGAACUAAAAUAUAUUUUGUAUAAUUUUCAUCACAUUUUAGGACUACAUUUAAUCAAUUUUCCCUUUUUUAGUUUCAC